CUUACCAAGAAAGACAGAUAACUUGGAUCGUAAAGAAGAAAUAAUGUUAGUACAUGGUUCAGUAUACAAGAAUAAAGAGAUGAAACUAACUAUAAAUCUGAAAAAUUAUACUCCCAGAAAAACAAGUAAUAGAUGCUCUAGUAACUUCAUAAGCCCAACUGUCAUAGAAGAUAAAGGAAUCAUAGCCGCCAAAGAAAUUGAAAUAAAACCUAAACAAAGAAAA